UUCCCAAAUUGUGGCUGACAGUUGCUCAGGCGACCGCCAGCCAGAUUGGGGAGAUUAGCUGAGGAAUGUAGCUGGCCCAGUUUGAUCUGGGGCUGAGGAAGCUGGUGGGGUCCUGAGUUGAUUCAGCCCAAUCUUUUGGGGAGUCCUCCAUGGAGAUGGGGUGUCUAAGGAGGGCCUGGUCUUCUCCCUAUUCCCAAGCAAACUUAGACUAUGUCCCCAGGGCUUGGAUUAGCUGGGGGAAAUAAAGGAUGUGUGUAUGUGUGUGUGUGCGAACAUUUGAGUGUGCUGCUGUGUGUGUGUGUGAUGUGUACCUCUCUGAGUGUGAUUGGAGUGUGUGCUGUUUGCAUCCAGGGUGGGGACUUGAGGCCUCUUUCCUUACCAGUUCCAGAGUGGUGGCUUGGUCCUGAGCUCCCUCCUGAUCCUGUGAGACACCACCUGCCCCACUUAUAGCUGUAUUGCUCAUUUCAUCAGAAACUAGGCACUUUUCUGCACUUCAGGCACUUAAAAUGAGGCUGAACUCCUCACCCUGGCAUUUAAGGCUUUUCAUGAUCUGGACUCAGCCUCCCCUCCCUCCAGUUUCAUCUCUCAUUGCCUCAGCCAGUCUGGGCUCCUCUCUGUGCUGUGGGUGAACUGUUUGCCCACUGUCUUCCUUUGCUCAUGCCACCCUUUGCCCUGCCUGCCCUCCUACCCAUCUUUACUGGCUGGAGUGAUCGCUAUCUUUCAGCUCAGACUUCGCUUUCUACAGGGAGCUUUACAUCCAGCCCCCUCCGUCUUGUAGCCUGGACCCAUUUCUGCUUUGUCUCUUUUCCUCACCCCCACUCAGACUGGGAGGUCCCUGAAAGCAAGGUGGAGUCUUAAUCAUCUUGUGCCUCUAAUAGUGCCACCCUGGGAACUGCAGUGUACUGACAGGGAAUAAAUGUCUUGUGCAUGAAACUAACUAAAUUAACACAUGUAGCCAACAGCAUAUUAGGGCUUUAUUUUGUUUGUGCUUUGCUCCUUGAAUAAGGAGAGGCUGCUUAAAUUUGAGCUUCUCUACAUUGUAACUGUGUCGCCUUGGGCAAGCAACUGCCUGCCUCUGAGCCUCAGUUUCCAUCUGCAAAAUGGGAAGGAUAAAAGUAGUAACCUUCUGAGGUGCCGAGGAGUCCCUCCAAAGGCCGUCAUUGUGUAACUAGUGCCCCCUCGGGGUGGUGUUGGUCUGUGUAUGUGUCUGUGUUGGUGGAGUCGGGGAUCCCAGGCUAUCAAAGUCAGACUUAGUUUCUUCCCAGGUUAGCAGUCUCCAGUAGGAGUUGGGUCUCUAGCAAGAGCUGGGACGUGGCUUUGGGGCUCCUGGUCCCUGAGCUAUCCAGGCUGGAGGUGACAGGGUCUUUCCUAGUCCUGUGAUAGCCGAUAGUCCCAUCACUGGGUGAGCUGGGGAGAGGUGGGGUGGCCUCUGCUUUGGGAGCCUGACCUCAGAGGUGUUAUCCCUAGGGACUGAAGCUAGAACUGGGCCUGGCCAGAGACUCAGCUCUGGGGACAGCUGCAGAUCAGGGAGAGGUGUCGUUCUGGCUAAGGGGUCACUCUGGAUGGAAUCAGUCAUCCUGAGAAGUCAUCCUUGGCUGUGGUCAUCUACAGGGGUCAUUUGGCAAGAGGUCAGGACUCUGGCUGGAGUCAGCUGGUCUGGUGGUCACUUUGAGUGACAUCAGAUAGUCUAGGGAAUCGUCUGACAAGGGAUGAUCAGCUGGGAGCUGCUCUAAGCCUAUCUGAGGGUCACCAGUUUGGGUCAGUCUGAGGGUUUCUCUGCCUGAGGUCAGAUGGUCUGGAGUUACUCUGAGCAGAGACCUCAGUCUGGGCAUCAGUCUGAGAAGAUCAGCUGGUCUGGGAGUCCUGGUGGGUCACUGGGCUGGCUUAGGAUGUGCAGGAGGAAGCCAAGGAGCUGACACUCCCAGGCCCACCCCAGGGCCCUGGUGAGACAUCCUGGGGCAGCUGCCUUGUUCUGGUUAAGGAUCAGGAAGGACCUGAGCCCCAGCCAGGGCUCUAGAUCCUGGACUUUCCCUUUCUGCAGUCCCUGUGAUCAGUGAUUGGCUGAGACCCAUGGGGUCAGGCCCCACCCAGGCUGAAGUUAGCUAUCCCUCUCCUCUAUGAAGCCCUCCCUGACCAUUGCUCUUUUAGUGCUGUACCAUGGGUCCUUUUCUGAGGCCCUCCCAGUGUGGAUAGGGUUAAAACCCGCCUUCCACAGGCCACAGGGCAUGGUGCUGACCAAGGCUUUUCAAACAAAAAGGCGAAGAGCCCCUCUAGGGGCUGGCCCCAGCUCUGUGCUUCGUUCCAUCUAUUUGGUGCCAGCCUCAUGCCCACAUCUUACCACUUUACAUUUGGUUGGUGUCCAAGAGGAGCAAAGGGAGACCCAAAUGGUGGCAAGCUCCUUAGUGUCUCGCCACUUCAUGUAACCCACAUAACCCCAUAGAGAAGCCACUGCAAUAGCAAAACACACAGCUUCCUAAAAGUGAAGUCUCUUGCUGCAUAUUUUGACAAGCUAGCUAAGCUGUAUGGACCUUAUUGCCAACCAGAGGACCCACGUCUAAGCCAGUCUUCCUACCUGCCUCCCUUUCCCAUUUAAACUGUUUAUAUUGGUUCUGAAUUGUGGGAAUUUGCUUGCUGUAGUCAUACAUGAGAAAGCCACAUGGGACAGUGCUUUUGUGUGUCAGUUCCUUCAAGCAGAGACCUAGAUUGAUUGACUUUGGGCCAUGACUGAAUCCCCUUGAUGUUCAUCAAGUAGGAAUAGUGGUACUUGACUCGGAAGGUGAGGCCUCAGCCACACUCUGCGUUAGUGGUUCGCAUCCUGCAGGGCGGUGACUGUUGUUAUCUUUGAGAUACUGUUGAGCUGGUUUAGGGUGUUCAGCGUUCUGCAGGGCCUGGGGCCCACUCUGCCUGGCACAGUGAGGAUGGAGGAACACUGAGCUGGCUGCACCUUUGAAGAGACGAGUGACCCAGCAGUGCCCUGUGAGUACAGCCAGGCUCAGUAUGAUGACUUCCAGUGGGAGCAAGUGUGGAUCCACCCUGGCACCCGGGCCCCUUCGGAUCUCCCCCAUGGUGCCUACUUGAUGGUCAACGCUUCGCAGCAUGCCUCAGGCCAGCGGGCCCAUGUCAUCUUUCAGAGCCUGAGUGAGAACGACACCCACUGUGUGCAGUUCAGCUACUUCCUAUACAGCCGGGACGGGCACAGCCCUGGCACCCUGGGUGUCUAUGUGCGUGUUAAUGGAGGCCCCCUGGGCAGCACUGUCUGGAAUAUGACCGGAUCCCAGGGCCGUCAGUGGCACCAGGCUGAGCUGGCUGUCAGCACCUUCUGGCCCAAUGAAUAUCAGGUGCUGUUUGAGUCCUUCAUCUCCCCUGACCGAAGGGGCUACAUGGGCCUAGAUGACAUCUUGCUUUUCAGCUACCCUUGUGCAAAGGCCCCGCACUUCUCCCGCCUGGGUGACGUGGAGGUCAAUGCUGGGCAGAACGCAUCGUUCCAGUGCAUGGCGGCAGGACGAGCAGCCGAGGCAGAGCGCUUCCUCCUCCAGCGGCAGAGCGGGGCUCUGGUGCCCGCGGCCACUGUGCGUCACAUCAGCCAUCGGCGCUUCCUGGCCACUUUCACGCUGCCCGCCGUGGGCCGCGCGGAGCAAGACCUGUACCGCUGCGUGUCCCAAGCCCCGCGCGGCACUGGUGUCUCCAACUUCGCUGAGCUCAUCGUCAAGGAGCCCCCCACUCCCAUCGCACCCCCACAGCUGCUGCGUGCGGGCCCUACCUACCUCAUCAUCCAGCUGAACACCAAUUCCAUCAUCGGUGAUGGGCCGAUUGUGCGCAAGGAGAUCGAGUAUCGCAUGGCCCGUGGACCCUGGGCCGAGGUGCAUGCUGUCAGCCUGCAGACCUACAAGCUGUGGCACCUCGACCCUGACACAGAGUAUGAGAUCAGCGUGCUGCUCACCCGCCCAGGGGAUGGGGGCACUGGCCGCCCUGGGCCACCACUCCUCAGCCGCACGAAGUGUGCAGAGCCCAUGAGGGCCCCCAAAGGCCUGGCUUUCGCUGAGAUCCAGGCUCGCCAGCUGACCCUGCAGUGGGAGCCCCUGGGGUACAACGUGACACGUUGCCACACCUACACUGUGUCCCUUUGCUAUCACUACACCCCGGGCAGCAACCACAACCAGACCAUCCGUGAAUGUGUGAAGAUGGAGCGGGGUGCCAGCCGCUACACCAUCCGGAACCUGCUACCUUACCGCAACGUUCACGUGCGCCUGGUCCUCACCAACCCCGAGGGCCGCAAGGAGGGCAAGGAGGUCACCUUCCAGACCGACGAGGACGUGCCUGGUGGGAUUGCAGCUGAGUCCUUGACCUUCACACCACUGGAGGAUAUGAUCUUCCUCAAAUGGGAGGAGCCCCAGGAGCCUAAUGGCCUCAUCACCCAGUACGAGAUCAGCUACCAGAGCAUUGAAUCGUCAGACCCAGCGGUGAACGUGCCGGGCCCGAGGCGUACCAUCUCCAAGCUCCGAAACGAGACCUACCAUGUCUUCUCCAACCUGCACCCAGGCACCACCUACCUGUUCUCCGUGCGAGCCCGCACAGGCAAAGGCUUCGGCCAGGCAGCACUCACCGAGAUCACCACCAACAUCUCAGCUCCGAGCUUUGAUUAUGCCGACAUGCCGUCGCCCCUGGGCGAGUCUGAGAACACCAUCACCGUGCUGCUGAGGCCGGCACAGGGCCGAGGUGCACCCAUCAGUGUGUACCAGGUGAUUGUGGAGGAAGAACGGCCAAGGAGGUUGCGGCGGGAGCCAGGUGGCCAGGACUGCUUCCCAGUGCCUCUGACCUUCGAGGUGGCACUAGCUCGUGGCCUAGUGCACUACUUUGGGGCUGAACUGGUGGCCAGCAGCCUGCCUGAGGCCAUGCCCUUCACGGUGGGUGACAACCAGACAUAUCGUGGCUUCUGGAACCCACCACUUGAGCCCAGGAAGUCCUAUCUCAUCUACUUCCAGGCAGCAAGCCAUCUGAAAGGGGAGACCCGGCUGAAUUGCAUUCGAAUUGCCAGGAAAGCUGCCUGCAAGGAAAGCAAGAGGCCCCUAGAGGUGUCCCAGAAAUCAGAGGAGAUGGGGCUCAUCCUGGGCAUCUGUGCAGGGGGACUUGCGGUCCUUAUCCUGCUCCUGGGGGCCAUCAUUGUCAUCAUUCGAAAGGGGAGGGACCACUACGCCUACUCCUGCUACCCGAAGCCUGUGAACAUGGCUAAGGCCACUGUCAACUACCGCCAGGAGAAGACACACAUGAUGAGUGCUGUAGACCGGAGCUUCACAGACCAGAGCACUCUGCAGGAGGAUGAGCGGCUGGGCCUGUCCUUCAUGGAUGCACCAGGCUACAGCCCCAGGGGAGACCAGCGCAGCGCUGGGGUCACAGAGGCCAGCAGUCUCCUGGGGGGCUCGCCGCGGCGUCCGUGUGGCCGGAAGGGCUCUCCUUAUCACACGGGCCAGCUGCAUCCUGCAGUCCGCGUAGCAGACCUUCUGCAGCACAUCAACCAAAUGAAGACGGCUGAGGGCUAUGGCUUCAAGCAGGAGUAUGAGAGCUUCUUUGAGGGCUGGGAUGCCACAAAGAAGAAAGACAAGCUCGAGGGUGGCCGGCAGGGAUCGAUGCCUGCUUAUGAUCGGCACCGAGUGAAACUGCACCCGAUGCUGGGAGACCCCAAUGCUGACUACAUUAAUGCCAACUACAUAGACAUUCGGAUAAAUCGCCAAGGUUAUCACAGAUCAAAUCACUUCAUAGCCACUCAAGGGCCGAAGCCCGAGAUGAUCUACGAUUUCUGGCGUAUGGUGUGGCAGGAGCACUGCUCCAGCAUCGUCAUGAUCACCAAGCUGGUAGAGGUGGGCAGGGUGAAGUGCUCACGGUACUGGCCAGAGGACUCAGACAUGUAUGGGGACAUCAAGAUCACACUGAUGAAGACAGAAACAUUGGCCGAGUAUGUUGUGCGCACUUUUGCCCUGGAGCGGCGAGGCUACUCUGCCCGGCAUGAGGUCCGCCAGUUCCACUUCACAGCAUGGCCAGAGCAUGGUGUCCCCUACCAUGCCACUGGGCUGUUGGCCUUCAUCCGGCGUGUCAAGGCCUCCACACCACCGGAUGCUGGGCCUGUGGUCAUCCACUGCAGCGCGGGCACUGGCCGCACAGGCUGCUACAUCGUCCUGGAUGUGAUGCUGGACAUGGCGGAGUGUGAGGGUGUUGUGGACAUUUACAACUGCGUGAAGACCCUAUGCUCCCGGCGUGUCAACAUGAUUCAGACCGAGGAGCAGUACAUCUUCAUCCAUGAUGCAAUCCUGGAGGCCUGUCUGUGUGGGGAGACCACCAUCCCUGUCAAUGAGUUCAAGGCUACGUACAGGGAGAUGAUCCGCAUUGACCCUCAGAGUAAUUCUUCCCAGCUGCGGGAAGAAUUCCAGACGCUGAACUCGGUCACUCCACCACUGGACAUGGAGGAAUGCAGCAUCGCCUUGCUGCCACGGAACCGUGACAAGAACCGAAGCAUGGAUGUCCUGCCACCAGACCGCUGCCUACCCUUCCUUGUCUCUACUGACGGUGACCCCAACAACUACAUCAAUGCGGCCCUGACUGACAGCUACACGCGGAGUGCGGCCUUCAUCGUGACCCUACAUCCGCUGCAGAGCACCAUGCCUGACUUCUGGCGGCUGGUCUACGACUAUGGGUGCACCUCCAUCGUUAUGCUCAACCAGUUGAACCAGUCCAACUCGGCCUGGCCCUGCCUGCAGUACUGGCCAGAGCCAGGUCGGCAGCAGUAUGGCCUCAUGGAGGUGGAGUUUGUGUCUGGCACAGCAGAUGAAGACUUGGUGGCCCGAGUCUUCCGGGUGCAGAACAUCUCUCGGAAACGGGGGUGGCCGCAGCGGCACCUUCUGCGCCUGCGCCACGGUCCUGGAGAUGAUCCGAUGCCACAGCCUAGUGGAUGUUUUCUUUGCUGCCAAAACCCUCCGGAACUACAAGCCCAACAUGGUGGAGACCAUGGAUCAGUACCACUUUUGCUACGAUGUGGCCCUGGAGUACCUGGAAGGGCUGGAGUCAAGAUAGCAGGGCCCUGGCCUGGGGCACCCACUGUGCACUCAGGGCCAGGCCCAGCAUACCCAGCUGGAGAGGAGGACCUGUGCCCCCAAAUCUGCUCAGCCAUAGCCUCAUGGGGAAAGCUCUGGAGUGGGUGCUGGGCCAUCUUUGUGGCCUCUUCCACCGUGGGCAGAGCCUUUCAAUACGUCCACGGGCAAGUUGUGGCCAAGGAGGAGCUUAGCAAGACUGCAGCCCAGCCCCACCUCCAGAGGGUCCUAUAGGGCCAGCUCUGGGGGGCUCAGGCCAAGCCUCUGACUAUCUCAGCCAUUGGUAGAGAAGAGUGAGGCCUUGCAGAGAGAGCAUCCCAGGCGAAGAUUUCUGCCCAGCAUGGCCCCUUCUACACUUGAGUGGAGGGUGCACCGAGGCUUGGCAUCUGGCCCCUGAGGGUUCUGGGCAGGCUGGGCUCUGCCCUGAUUUACCUGUGGGAUACAUUGACCAUCCUCUUCAGGGGAACUGCAGUGCCCUCUCCACCCCACUGCCUCCUGCAGCCCCUGGGGUGUUUUGCUCACCAUCCCUCCUCACUUCUGCUUCUCUGAUAUGUGCUCUGAGCUUCCCGGAACCAGGAUCUGCCCAUGCCUUCCAUGCCCCAUGUGGGGCUCCUCCCUGCCUGAACCAGUGUCUGCAGAAUGAAGUCACCUCAGUCCUCUCUUCCCAUAGCCUUCAGGCCUCUGUGGCUUGGUUCUGCUCAGCUCGGGCCAGUGACAAUCUUCGAGGUUGAACCAGAAUCCCUGGGGUUGGGGCCCCUAUGGCUUCCAGUCAGGCUGCCCAUUGGGGAGGGGGCAGUCCUAGAGCAGGGCUGGUCCCAACUCCUAGAGUUCAACUCUGGGAUGGAGGAUCAGUGCUUUUUUUGGGGUUUAUUUUGUUAUUUUGAUGGGUGGGUGGGAAGGUCUCUUUAAAGUGGGGCAGGCCACACCCCCAUUUCGUGCCUCAAUUUCUCCAUCUGUAAACUGUAGAUAUGACUACUGACCUACCUCACAGGGGGCUGUGGGGAGGCAUAAAGUAAUGUUUGUAAAGCGCUUUGUAAAUAAAUGUGCUCUCUGAAUGCCACCAAA